UUCAUGAGACUGUGUUAGAUAUAUGAAUAAAUUAUGAAUAUAAUUAGAGACAGUUAUUAAAAAAUGCAAUAUAAAAAGGGAACAGUAGAACAGAACAUCAUCUGCUACACACAGAGCUUCUACAACUCUUCGGACCAACUAUCAAAGAUGCGUUUGAUUUACCUGACGGUGCUUUUGGUAGCAUUUGCUCUGGCAAAUGGAGCCACUGACAAACUACAAAGAAAAGAUCUUCUUGGUGGUCUUCUUGGCGGCGAUGGUCUUCUAGGAGAUGAUGGUCUCGUCAAUGAUCUUCUAGGGGGUGAUGGUCUUCUUGGUGGUCUUCUAGGAGAUGAUGGUAUUCUUGGUGGUCUGCUCGAUAGUAUUCUAGGUCCCAAUGGUCUGGUGGGCUCUUUACUCGGUAAAGUUUUUGGCCCCGAUGUAGUUGGAAGUCUUUUAAGCGAUGCAGGCAUCAACUCGCUUUUACAGUCGGUAGAUAAAAUUGUCCAAACUGUGUUCAACGUUGUAGAUGAAUUACUGAAAGACGUGUUGGCAGCACUUCAAGGCGUCAUCCCAUCCAACACCAGCGAGGUCAUCAAGAAAUUUGACACCAUUGCCUGCAAUAAACUGUGCCCAGUAUGUCAAGCCCUCCCACAAGUUGAGCUCCGACCAGUUUGUACUAACUACUGCAAGAGCACCUGUCGUUGGCUGUUUGGGUAAAUAAGGCAGAGAAAAUGAAAUAUGGAUGUUGCCAUGGAAACAUGUGUUAAGCUCCUAAUUCACUUUGUCUCCAAAUAAAAUAUUCUUUGGGUAAAAAA